UCGACGGGUCGUCCGGCGUCGAGUCGACGCGAUCGAUCGCGCGCGUCGCGACGAACGAUUCGAACGCGGAUCGAUCGUCCGACGACCCGGUCGCGGAUUCGGUCGCGAGACGCGCGACGCGACGGAUGGGGGCGCUUCGGGCGGUGCUGUCGCACCCGGGGGACGUCGCGCCGCUGGUGCGGGUGAAGAUGAUGGCGAACGCGGCGAAGAGAUUGCCGAAGGAUCCGGAUCUGGCGUACUGCUACGACGUGCUGAAUAAGGUGUCGAGAUCGUUCGCGAUCGUGAUUCAGCGGCUGGACGCGGAGCUGCGAGACGCGGUGUGCGUGUUUUAUCUCGUGCUUCGAGCGCUGGACACGGUGGAGGACGACAUGAGCAUACCGAUCGAGAGGAAGGUGCCGGAUCUGCUCGCGUUUCACGAGUACAUUUACGACGCGAAUUAUAGCGCGGAUUGCGGGGAGAAGCACUACAAGGAUUUGAUGAAGAAUUAUCCGCGCGUGACGUCGGUGUUCUUGGGAUUGAAGAAGGAGUAUCGAACGGUGAUCGCGGACAUCACCAAGCGAAUGGGGCACGGGAUGGCGAAGUUUAUCGAGAAGGAGGUGAUGGACAUGGCGGAUUUCGACGAGUAUUGCCACUACGUCGCGGGCUUGGUCGGCAUCGGUCUGUCCAACUUGUGGGGGGUGUCGAAGAUGGAGAGCGCGGAGUUUGUGGGCGAGGAAAAGCUCUCGAACGCCAUGGGAUUGUUUUUACAGAAGACGAACAUCAUUCGCGAUUACUUGGAAGACAUUCAGGAGCUUCCCGCGCCGCGAAUGUUCUGGCCUAGGAGCGUGUGGAGCAAGUACGCCGAAGAGCUCGACGAUUUGCAACACGAGGAAAACCGCGAAAAGGCGGUGCAGUGCAUGAACGAAUUGAUCACCAACGCCCUGUCGCACUCGUUGGAUUGCUUAAAGUACAUGAGCCGAGUCAAGGAGAUCUCCAUCUUCCGGUUCUGCGCCAUUCCUCAGGUGAUGGCCAUCGCGACGUUGGCCGAGUGCUACGGCAACGAAAACGUCUUCAAGGGCGUGGUCAAGAUUCGCCGAGGCCUGAGCGCGCGCAUCAUGCUCAAGUGCAACAACAUGCUCGAGUUAGCGAGCGGCUUCAAGCACUUCGCCAACGAACUCGUGCACAAGGUGGACCCGAAGAGCGAUCCGAACGGCGAGGAGACCAUGGCGCGCAUCGAGGCUCUCGAGGAGGCGUGCGACGAAAUCAUCGCCAAGGAAACCGAACGCAUGCGCAAGGAGCAAAUAGAGGACGACUCCAUUCCCAUGGCGACCAGAAUCGUCCUGUGGUUGUUGUGUUUCGGCUACUUUUUGUACGCCUGGAAUCUCGAAAACGUUCGCGAGUCGCUCGGCGUCAACAGACACGCCGGCGAUCCUCUCGUCGACGACGCCCAAAAAGUCUUGGCGACGAUUUGCAUCAUCUCCACGACCGCGCUCGUGAUGGCGGGUAAAAAGAGAUGAUUUCGGUUCGCGGCG